AUGCCUUUCCCGACGCUGUCGUUCCUGGUAGGACUGGUAGUGCUGGGCUACCUGCUCACUUUUGUGGUCUUUGCCAUCGUGCGGAUUACCACUGGGGUAUCUGUCCAGCGGAUCGGAUUUUCUGGUUUUAGGCGCAUAUCGUUCAAUCCACGCCAUGGCGUCAGGAUCGCAGUUCGAGGGUUUGGCCUGGCGAUCCAUAGGCCGACCUUUGUGCUGCCAACGUGGUGCAGCUUAGUCGUUGAGGAGCUGGUUGUCACGGUAGAUCUGAAUGCGCUUGGAGAUACCAAGAGCAAGAGCAAGGCUGGUCCAGGGCCAGCACACGCCAAUGGCUCACCCGAGGCUCCCACGAGGCCUCUACAGAGGGCCACAAGCGAGUUCGAAGAUGAAGAGGGACAUGGCAAACUUUGGCGACAGCUCACGGACAUCAAGGAGCGCAUCAAGCGAAUGCACAGCAACAUCAAGUGGAUCAAGAUGGUAGACUUGAUUGCAUCGGAAGCCACGGUGAACAUAGUCGGAGUCGGCAGCUUGCAGCUUGAGCGUGUCACGCUGGCUGUAGACACCAGAGCGAGGACUGUCGACCGCAGCCGGUUGUUCCAGCACCACAAGUCGAAGCCCGAGACGCAAUCACCUGCAGAGUGGAAGUGCGUGAUCCGUAGCAUACUGUUCACUCCUGAAGGCAAGGAGUCGUCCGAGGUUCUGGAUUACUGCACGCUCAACAUACAUGGCAUGCUCCACAACCGACUUGAAGGCCUGCGAGACGCAUCGAUUGCGCUGAAGCUCGGUCGGCUCAAUCUCCCGUAUGAUGACAUCAAACAUGCCAUCGACUGCGCGCAGAUGCUCAGAGGUCAGUACGCACAGCCGCAUGUAGAACAUGAUAAUGGCGAAUUCUCGCUUUCUGAUGCUCUUGACGAGUUCGAGAAGCCUGGAAGUCACGAAGCUCGUAUUGUACGGACGGUAUCCGACUCGCGAGCCUUCAUUGCAUCCAUCUUGCGCGGCAUUCAAGAAGUGCAAUUCGCUGUCAGCUUCCUUGGAAUGUCAAGGAAGCUCGACGUCACGGGCCAGGACGGGAGAGAUGUGUAUUUCAAUGUUGCGAUGAAGGAGAUUGGUCUGGACAUUCUGCGCCUAGACCAGAAAAGUCCUGCACAUCGCAUGUACUUUGCCACGAGCGACGUGGCACAUCAAGGUCUGCUGACAGCGAUCGCCAUCUCUGCCGGCAUAGAUGAUGGCCACAAGCACCCAGAGCGUCUUGUCUACGUACCGAUGGUUACGGCGACGGUGAAGACGACGCUCCCUUCUCGGACCGUGAACUUCCAAAGCGACAUCAAUGUCAAAGAACGGAAUACGAAUAUGCUCUAUGCGAACUUUGUCUGUACGUCACCUUCAAUCGACCUGGAUCCAAAGCACCUACCCUUGGUGCGAGAGAUCUUGAAGCAGCGAUCAAGUCACGAUAAACAAGUCCCGGCCGCACGCUCAGACAGACAUCACCUCCUUUCGCAGCUCUUGCCGAAGGCUCACGUCAAGCUUGCAGUACAGGAGCCGGUGAUUAGGGUCUCUUUACCGCCUAUGGCCAAAGCAAAUGCGCGUGAGGAUGACAUUGACCUCUUGAUCUGCUCUGUAUCUUCAAUCAACUUCGAGCUGGAGUCAUCACAUGCCGCCGAGGCUGGGAUCAACUACAGUCUAAGCUCUCACUAUCGACAUACGCGGCAUCACCUCUACUACCAAACCGCAACCGGCGAACAGCAUGACCUCUUACAAAGCGACACCGUCGAGAUCCAAAUUGACAUUACAGCGAUACCGGAGCCAUCCGUCACCGUCAACGCGCAAUUUAGAACCUACAGCCUCUACCUCGUCCGGCCGGACAUCUGCGACGGUGUACGACAAAUUGUCAAGCAGCUGCGCAAGAAUGUACUGGCAAGGCAGCACGAUGAUCAGCCGAGACCGAAGGCAAGUUUCCUGCGCAAUGUGCCGUCGUGGUUGCAAGCUUGUCACAUUGAAGGUACAGAUUUCAGCCUGGAGCUUGCUGGUGUGGACGAACAAGUUUCGAAAGAUUCGCGUGGCUUCGCUCUCCAUCUCGAGUCGUGGACCACCGAAUACAGUGCUUAUCGGGAGGAGCGAACCACGCAGAUGGCACGCCGCAACUCAAUUACGAGAAGCUCUUCAACGAAGUCCAGGCCUGCAGCGCGACAUUCAUCGCCGCGCAGGAAGUAUCAAAGCUUUGCCGAUGGGCGUAGAUUGACCCUGCAUCUGACAAAUCUGGAGGGCCUAAUUGUGGACUCAGUGGUUGACUCCGAGUCUGAGGCCUUCAUAACGUUGCCACGCUACGAGGUAGCCUUCUCUACAUCUACCGAUGCCCACGGUCCUCUUUUUCACAUCAAUUCCUUUGCUAAGAGUCUGCUGCUUCAGUACUCACUAUACAACCAUUUUGCGCUUGGUGUAGCUGUCUUGGUGAUUCGAAGAACAUUCCUGGACCAUGACUUGAGCGACACCGGCCGGCCGCCAGCGCCUUCAAAGCAGGCCAAUCUACAAGUGCCUAGCACGCCGCUCUCGCCCAUGGAGGAGAUUGAUGACGUAGCUCGUCAUGAAAUAACCACCAUCGACUGCAAGGCAGACCUGCUACAGUUGAAGGCGCGCCUGCCGGCAGACCCGCCGAUGAUGAUACAGAUCUACCGCUUCGACGCAGGCCGCCAUCGCUGGACGAGUCCGUUCUUGCGCGCCCAUCUAGCACGUAUGUAUGUGCGUGCACCGCGAACGAAGUCGGUCUGGAGUCGAAUAAUCAGCAUCAAAGUCUUUCGGCUCGAUCUACGAGAUCACAAACGCAAGGUUGGCAAGCAAGUCAUCACGGAGAAGUCUAUCGAUGUUGCCGCGGAGACUGUUCGACUCGCUGUACCUCACUCGCUCAUUGUGCACAAUAUCUUUGACAACAUCACAAACGUGGUGAAGGUUUCGAAGCAGUUGCGACACCACUUCGUUACGGGCACGGACGAGUAUAUCUUGACGAAAGAGCCAGAGGGACCAAAACACGUACCUAAAAUCAACAUCCGAGCCCAGCUCUUCUUGUUCGAUAUCGAAGACAGCAGCUUCGAGUGGAAACUGGGUGCUAUUUACCGAGCCGGUUUGGUUGAGCAGAAGCAGAGAUUAGUACGUGAAGAGGCAUUCAAGCUCAAGGAGAAGCGGCUCGCUCGUAGAGCCGCGCCUGGCUCAUCGAGGCUGCGAGCUCACUCUGCGCAACACAUGGGCGAAAGGUCACGAUCUCACAAUCGCCUUGGAAACAUUGGCAAGCGUAGAAGUCGGAGUACUCAGCCUACCGCACGCUUCGCCCAGCAGCCGAAACCCCGUCGACAUGUGGACCGCAAGAUCCGUUACGAAGCGGACGGCAGGUGUGGCAUAAGCGACACUUCUGAGCUUACGAUUGAUCAAGCACGUGAGCGGUUGCACUACCUCAACGCACAAUCAUGGAAGAACAGGAUUGAUCGUGUCCUGAGCUUUCAAAGCCACGCGGUCAAAGAGGUUCGAUCCAUGCUUUGGGGUGCGGACGAUGCACCUGAAGAUAUCGAGAAUCAGGAACCCAUACUGCAAAUAAGCCAACGGCCUGGGCUCAUGCUCCUCACUAUCAGCGAGCUUAGUCUGACUAUAGACAAGCCUUCGUUUCCGGUCGACGAGUUUCCGAGGUUUCUGCACGAUGUCGGCAAAGGAAUGCCAUUCGACAUGAAGUACGGCCUCGUUGUGCCCCUCAAUCUACAUGUCACGAUGGGUGAGCUACGCUUUCAGCUUCGCGAUUACCCGUUGCCGCUGAUGCAUGUUCCAAUGCUUGCAAAUGGACAGUCAAUGAGGUUGCCAGCUCUGUCUAUGCGGACGGACUUCGUUAUUGCGGAGGAGUUCAGAGAUGUCGAGUCACAGCGACAUGCUAAUGUAGAGGUCGUACCAUUGGCGAAAAUGGGUGAUGGCGCUAAGGGUCCCUUUACCAUCGACGUUCGACGUACCAUCUCACCCAUCAAGACCUACUCCGACAUGAAGUUCGAGAUCAACACAAGCAACCCGACCAAGAUCACAUGGGGUACAUCAUACCAACCGGCAAUACAGGACACGAUGCAGGUCAUUGAGGGCUUUACAAAGCCACCAUUUGAUCCAUCCGACCGCGUCGGCUUCUGGGACAAGAUUCGAUUGAGCUUCCAUUCACGGGUGAACGUAGCGUGGAAGGGCGACGGCGACGUUCAUCUCAUCAUGAAAGGCACCAGAGACCCAUACGCCGUGACCGGCAACGGAGCCGGCCUGGUUAUGGUAUGGCGCAACGACGUGCGCUGGAACAUCGGCCAGAGCAAAGACCCGCGCCAGUUCAUGACUGUCGACUCGAGCGACUAUGUUUUGGCCGUGCCCGACUUCAACGGCUACGCGAGACGUGCCCAAGACGAAGAGAGCGAGCAUACUGAUGCUGCUUCUUCCAUCUCGAGCAAUAAGAAGGAUGCCGUGUUUAGAAAGGUAGUCAUGAAGCUAUCAGGCAACGUACGGUGGCUUGCUGGUCUGGUCUUUGAGCGCGACGGACCUAACCAGAAACGCUUGUUCGAGUUCAAGCCUCACUAUGAUGUUGUCUUAAAACAUCCAGAUUUCGCCAGGGCGCCAGAGGGCGAGGAGUACGAUGCCUACCGCAACUUCCGCAGUCAAUACAUACACAUGUCCAUCGCGGUCAUUGCACCACAGGACAGAGACUGGACGGUGUCGAACCUCAAGGCUUCGAACAACUAUAACACAGUCCAUCUGACCCCUCGAUUCUUCUCCCACUUCUUCAACUGGUGGAGUAUGUUCUCUGGUACCAUGUCUCUUCCGGUUAGGCAGGGCCCCUUGUGGGGAGUCACGCAGAAGAAGAGUAAGAAGUUCGGCCGACACAUAGCCACCGUGAAGUACAAUCUGCUCCUAUCUCCACUCUACAUCAGUCACGUAUACAAGCAUAAAGAUGCAGAAGAGUACCAAGGCAAAACAGUGUCGGUGACUGGUCUGAAGAUGAAGCUAGACAGUUUCAUGCUGGACCUGCAUCAGCGAAGAGAGCAUUUCGACAUUAACGAUACGGAAGGAGUCAUGACGAAGAAGACAAGUGCCAUGCGUAUCAACCAAGCACAACUCGACUUUAUACAUGCAGAUCUUCGAGCGCUCUCUGCGAGCAUAGGUGGCACGAGCGUUGAGGAUCUGGACAAGGCCAGUGAUGAAGUACUGGCUUCUCUGCACGGGCAGGCGCCAAAAGUCGACAUGUCUAAGUUCGAGAUACCCGACAAUGACUUCGAUUGGAUCGACAUGGAUGAUUUUGUCGAGCUUGACUGGAUCUUGCCCGCAGAAGCGGAUCCGGUGACAAGGAUAUUGCCAAUAGGCUACGCACCUCGCUUUACGUACUUCCGACAGACAGAUCAUGGAGGCAUAAUAGCCGGCGAUCCAUCUAGGACGAGUCGUUUCGGUGACGAGCCAACACAUUAUUGCGUUAUGUCCGCGAUGAAUGACCCACGCCGCGUGCAAGCCGAGCUCAUCGAGGACAGAUUAGCUACACUCCGGCAGCAGAGCGAACGGAACGAGCGCGAGAUAAGCGAGCAGGAACUCGAACUCGUCCGGACGUCCUCGGGUGAUGCUGCUGGCCACCAGAAAGAAGAAGACAAGCUCAACGCACUAAAGAGCCAUAGCGAGCACUUGCACCAAAAGCACGACUUUUUGCAGUCAAUGCUUGAUGCGCUAUAUCAACGAUUGGACAAACAGGAUCCAGCAGCAGUUCCGGAACUGGAGACAAGCGAAGAGUUCUUCGACGCCCACAACAACGCCAGCAAGCAAGAGUCUGACUUCUCUCGCCUGGAUACCGCACCCUUGGCGGACUACACGAGUGACUUCAAUAACCGGUUCAUCGUUCACAACGCGCAGAUCAAGUGGAAUAACUCGUUGCGCAACAUCAUACUCCGUUAUGCGCACCAAGUCAGCCAGCGACGUGGGUUCGUAUACUACAUGUCACGGCGGGCUGUCAAGUUCAUACUGGAUGUGGUGGAAGAGCGAAGAAAGAGGGACGAGACGACGGUCCCUCAGCGACAAAGAUCGCACGCAACACAGAUCAGUGUCUUGUCACCUGACGCAGAUGACGAGCAGACUGUACAAGACCGCAUCGAGCAGCUACUGCAUGACGGUCGCAAUUUUGUGAAUGCGGAUGAGCCAGUUGCGGAAAAGGAAGAGAUUGGUACCGCUGACAAAGGUCCGACGGAAGAGAUCGCACAGGAGUUUACGCCGCUCAACAUCUACCACUUCCGCCUCAUUGCACCUCAAAUCCAGCUUCAGAGCGAGAAGAACCCGAAGUCUGCAGUAUUGGUCACAGCGAAGGGCAUGCAGCUAAAGAUUGUGGAGAUCAUGGACAAGGCGAACGUCAACGACGACGUUAGCGGUCUGGUGCAGCGUCGCUUCACCGCUGCGGCCGACAGCCUCCAAAUGUUCGUCACCAGUACGAAGACGUUCUCCAUGGAGUUCUUCCAUAUGUAUUCUGCCAACCUGUAUGGUGCGAAAGCUGGCACUCAGUGGCCGCCAUGGGUGCCGAUGGAGAUCAUGUUCGAAUAUCAGACAAACCCUUACGGCUUCAACAGGGUCGUACACCGCACGUCUGCCAGCUUACGCUAUGACAAGUACAAUAAUCUCCGCUUGAAGUACAAUGAUGAUGUCUCGGGUGGUGAGGAUAAAGACAUUAAGAGCGACGAACAGACCGUGGAGCGGAUGGACCAUGUUUGGCUGGAGUUCCCGCACUUUCGAGCGAUCUGCGACUCGGCACAGUACUACGGGAUGUAUGUUAUUGUCAUGGACCUCCUACUCUACAACGAACCGUUGGAGAAGACACGCAGUGAGCGGCUUGAAAAGAUUAUGCUAGCAUCCGAUUUCAGCGACCUUACGGGUGCUCCGGAGAUGGUUCAGAUGCUGCAAGAGCGCAUACGGCAGCUCGAAGAAAUCAAGAUGCAUUUCCAGAUCAACGAAAAGUACCUCGACCGGCAAGGCUGGAAAGACCGCAUCAUCAUGGACCAAGAUCUUGCAGCUUGCGAAGACGAACUGUUCUUCAUGAUGAAGGCCAUCACGACGUCGCAGCAGCGGGCUGAAGACCGACGAGAGCAAGAGAACGCUAACGGGGUCGUGCAUCUGAGCAUGCGUGCGAAGGAGAUUGCAUGGCACUUGGUGCGCGAAAAGGGCGAGUCACUGGUUGAAUUCCAGUUGAAGAACGCUUCCUUUGAUCGAACAGACCACAAUGACGGCUCGAACUUCAAUCAGAUGGAGAUUGGACGUAUCAAUGGCUUCAAUUUGCUGCCUAACGCACUGUACCCGGAGAUAAUAGCGCCGUUCACAGACGAAGCAAAGGGCGGGAAGAAGCUCGGCAACGAGAAGAUGCUACGAAUCCAUUGGCUGAUGUUGGAAGCCAUCGCCGGUAUACCGGUGGUUGACUACUUCGAGAUCGACCUUGCUCCGUUGAAAAUGCAGGUCGAACGCGAGGUUGCGAAGAAGAUCUUCGAAUACGUGUUCCCGGGUGCGGGUGGCAAGGCUUUCGAGGGAGGACCAGGUGCACUGCAGCAGAGGCUACAUCCCACGCUCCACCUGCCCAAGCAACGCAAGUCGAAGGCCGAUGGUAAAGGGCUCGGUAUCAGCAGCGGACACAGUCGACCCGGCUUCGCAAUUUUCCAGCAUUCUGAAAAGUCUUUGCAAGCAACUGCUUCGAAGCGAUCAGCAGCCUCUCGUCAAGCCAUGGCCGCACUCAAUACGCCCAAUAUGUCAAGGUCACCGAGCGCAGGCUCAAUCGUGACCAUCGCGAGUACUACUGCGAGCGAAAUCGAGAAGCCAAGCAAGCGGUCGCUACUUCAUCGGUCGCACAGCGACGAGAAGAAGAAAAAGAGAGACGAGCCUUCAGAUGAUCUGACACAGAUGAUGAACCGUGCGUCCAACUACAUGACGCUGGCUUUCGUGAAGAUGCCAAGUAUGGUUCUCUGUCUCAGCUACAAAGGACAAGGCAAACGUAAUCUCGAGGACGUGCAUGAUCUCGUCUUUCGCAUGCCUACGUUGGAGUACCGUAACAAGACGUGGUCCAACCUGGACCUUGCUCUGCAGCUGAAGAAGGAUGUCAUUCGAGCCUUAAUAUCACAUGCAGGCGCCAUUGUCAGUAACAAGCUAAGCCAUCACAAGCCAAACCGCAUGCAGCAAAGUCGACUUCGCGAACUCGCCAACAUGAGCACGUUCGUGGCAGCUGCUAGCGGCCAGACCCCUUCACCCGCAUCUUCGGAGACGAGCAGCACAUUCGAUUUCAAUCCGGCGGAGGCGAAUGGGAGGCCAUCGACUGCUUCAGCGAGGCCUAGCACGCUCAGUCGCACCAUCCAAGGCCUGUCUCGCAGCAAGUGA